AUGACUGCUCCCGCGGGCCUUGAGGUGGAUGGUCGCGAAAGCCCCAAAUACGCUUCUGCCCUUGAUGAGAAGGAGAUCUCCGCCGUUCAAGCCAUCGCUGCCAAUGGCGCCCACGACAGUGACGAUGAUGCCACUGGCCUUCGCAAGGAACUUCCCACCGACGAGGAAGUAGCAACAUUGCGCCGUGUCGCUGACCACCUCCCAUGGAUCGCAUUCAGUAUUGCUUUUGUCGAAUUGUGCGAGCGAUUCUCGUACUACGGAACCACUGUUGUCUUUGCCAACUUCAUUAAACAGAAGCUUCCACCAGGCUCGACCACAGGCUCUAUUGCGGGUCUUCCAGACGGCUCUCUCCCAGGUGCUCUGGGCCUGGGCCAGAGAGCAUCCACUGGCAUUAUUCUCUUCAACCAAUUCUGGGCCUACAUUAUGCCCCUAGUCGGUGCCUACCUUGCCGAGGAGCAUUUUGGACGCUUUAGAACCAUCAUGUACUCUCUUUGUGCCGCUCUUAUUGGACAUCUUAUCCUCAUUAUUUCCGCCAUUCCUCCAGUGAUCAAGAAUCCAAAUGGCGCCAUUGCUUGCUUCAUCAUCGGACUUAUUAUCAUGGGUGUGGGAACUGGUGGCUUCAAAUCCAACAUUUCCCCUCUUAUUGCUGAGCAAUACAGAGAGUCUCAGAUGUAUAUCAGGACUGAAAAGAGCGGAGAACGAGUUAUCGUUGACCCUGCUGCCACAGUUGCCCGUAUUUUCAUGUGGUUCUACCUCAUGAUCAACGUGGGUUCGCUCGCUGGUCAGCUUGUCACGCCAUUUGCUGAGCAAAAGGUUGGAUUCUGGCUGUCUUUCGUUCUCCCAACGGUUAUGUUCUGCUUCUGCCCAGCAGUUCUGUUCUUCUGCCGCAAGAGAUACCACCUCACCAAGCCUGGUGGCUCCAUUUACUACAAAGCCAUUAAGUUGAUUGGCCUUGUUACCAAGGGCAAAUGGUCUUUGAACCCCUUCCAAACUUCCCGCAACUUCAAACAGCCCGGCAUUUGGGAUGCUGCUAAGCCAAGCAACAUUGCUAACAAGCCAUCCUGGAUGACUUUCGAUGACGCUUGGGUUGAUGAAGUUCGUCGUGGUAUCUUGGCCUGUUCGGUCUUCCUGUGGUACCCUCUCUUCUGGCUCGCUUACAACCAAGGAACCACCAAUCUUACUGUCCAAGCUGGUACUUUGGCACGUAACGGUGUACCAAACGACAUCAUCAACAACCUCAACCCUCUCACCCUGAUCAUCGCUAUCCCCAUCAUGGACAGAGUCGUCUACCCCGGAAUCCGAAAACUGGGACUUAAGUUCACUCCCGUCAAACGUAUCGCCUUUGGAUUCUUCAUCGCUAGUUUGGCCAUGAUGACCUCCACGAUCACCCAGUACUAUAUCUACAAGACCAACCCCUGUGGCAAAAUGGCCAACCACUGCGCUGAAGAAUUCCACAAGUUCUCUCCCAUCAGCGUUUGGGUUCAGGCUCCAGCCUACUGUCUCGGUGGUAUCUCCGAAAUCUUCGCAUCCGUCACCUCCCUUGAAUUUUCCUUCACGAAGGCCCCAAGAAACAUGCGAUCUUUGGUCACUGCUUUCGCACUCUUCAUGAACGCACUCUCCUCUGCCCUCGGACAGGCCAUGGUUGGUCUUUCGGAAGACCCUCUUCUCGAGUGGAACUACGGUGUUACAGCCGUCCUCGCCUUCCUCGGUGGAGUUGGUUUCUGGUUUACCAACCGCCACAUUGAUGCGCAGGAAGAUGAUCUCAACCAACUUGCUGAGGCAGAUUUCCAUGGCAACACUAAUGAUUUGGAGAAAGCAACAUAA